UAUGCUAAUGAGGGGCGGACCGUCGAAGUUUCCAGCGCUCGUUCCUAACUUCUGUCCAAACUCUCCAUCUCAGAAGGGCUCUGCAUGGCACCCACGUUUUAUCACUAUUUGCCGGUGCCCAUGGGUGACCUGAAGGACCAAGAGUCAGCGUUGGGGGGCCGAAGGCUGCUGAUAGUGGUCAUCUUGGGGUUACUCCUGGUGGUGGGACUGGUGGUGGCCUUGGCUGUGUUCGCCGCCAGGGCCAACAGUGAGGCCUGCCUGGAUGGCCUCAGGGCAGAAGUGGAGUGUCACAAUGUCACCCACCUCCUGCAAAGGCAGCUGACCCAAGCCCAGGAUGGGGUGCUGAAGGCUGAGACCCAGGCUGCCACCUGCAACCAGACCCUGGUGUCCCUGAUGGCGGCAGAGAAGGAGGAGAAAGAUCGGAACCAAAAGCGAGAACAGCAGCUUCAGGGAGAGAUUGCAACUUUGAAUGACAAGCUGCAGCAGACGUUGGCAGACCUGGACCGACUGAGGAGAGAACUAAGCAGGAGUAGAAACUCAGCCCCCAGCUCGGUGGGGAGCCUGCUAAUUCUCUUCCUGGGCCUCUAUGCUCUGCUCCUCUGAGAUCCCAGCACGCCAGCCACGGGGCGCAACCCGCAUUGAUUCGGCUUCGGUCCGGUGUUGACGUCCCCUUGAGGAGGACAUGGGGCACACGGUUGGAGGAGGGGGAGGGCACAGGAUCCCGGGGGUGGAGGGAAGCAAACGUAUGAUGCAGCACCAAAGCUGGGAACAAGGGACAGCCCUGGCUUGGAGAAGCAGCUGAGUUGAUCCAGGACUGCCUCCCGCCCCUGCCUGUGUCCUACCUUGGGCUUGGCCGUGGCGUGGGGAAGAGGCACGUGCUUCUUGCCAUUACGGUUUUUAGAGGGUCACUUUCUUGCUCCCCUGAAAAUAAACACCUCCUCGGGAGAAAAAACUCGA